GCGAGAGAGCCCCUGCCGCUGCUGCCGAUUCGCGAUCCAAAUCUGAGGCGCUGUGUCAACGCCGCAGGAAGGAGCCACGUCCUGGAGAAAUACUGGCAACGAAACCAUGAUGCUCAAAUCUCGAAGCUAUUCCAAUCAUCUGGUACUCACCUCACACACACAGGCAGUUGAGGUCUCUGUGAAAGCGUACUUCCCGACUCCCCAUGGAACACCGGACAGACACUUUCCAAAACCCAGUCCCAGCUCGCGAAAUUCGACGCUGCAUGGAGAUGCGUCCGAGAGAUCAUACACCGAGUUCCAAAGAAGAGCACAAGCACCAAGUUCCAAGGGUGAGAAAGUCUGUUUCCGGGCCGAUCUAUCACAACGACGACACAGCCAGUGUGUCUAUCCGCUCCUACUCAAAUCCGGUUCUCGCUUGCGGAGGUUUUUCAAGAACGGAGGAGGAAGACGAUGGAGCGGCUAAUCAUCCCUACA